AUGGACGAUCUAUCAAAGUGGUUUGAAAGAAUCCACAUGGAUGUAAUUGGACCAUUCAUGGAAACAAAGAACGCGUUUCCGAAAUUCGCAGUGGCGAAAGCCAGUUCUGUGUUUCGUGUUAAGGGAGGAGUUGGUUCCAAUUCCAAUCCAGCUUAUCAGGAAGGAUUUUUGAAACAUCUAGCAUGCAGUCAUUUGCUUUGUCUUUGA